AUGGCAGGCGAUUUGGUCUACGCUAUAGGUGGAUUCAAUGGAACAGCUCGUAUUCGUUCAGUGGAAAUUUACGAUCCACGCAGAGAUUUGUGGUUAAUUGGACCACCGAUGGAAGCACGUCGGAGCACGUUAGGGGUUGCAGUUCUCGAUGGAACCAUCGUGGCCGUGGGCGGAUUCGACGGGUCCACUGGAUUAUGCAGUGCCGAGAUGCUGGAUCCCAGGCAA